UUUAAUGAGCGUUGACAGAAGCUUGUGUCUCGUCUCGUAAAAAAAUCAACGUGAGGCAGAUCAGUGAGAUAGUAGAAAUAGAUCUUGCUUUUUGCUACAACCCACAAUCUAUACCAGCUAGCUACAAGACCUCAAUCCACUAUCAUAUUUCACAGCCAAGGCCAAAGCGAAGAUUUCUCUAAGCAGAAAUGGCGAAAGUAGUCCUUCUCCUGGCAAUCAAAAAGCUAAAACAGUUAACUUUGGCUGAAGAAACAACAGCUUACAACGAAAUCAGAAAGUUAAUUCAAUAUCUGGAGGAUUUGCAACAGAAGAUAACAACAGAGAUUCAGCUGCCCAGUGACAGAGUGAGGGAAGUUGUAGCCCUAGUUUAUCGCAUCGAGGAUGAAAUAGAAAAUUCUGCAACAUCCAAGUCUGGGAAAUCAUCGUCUAGAAUGUGUUUAUUGGGCUUCAAUAUUCUCUCUAGCAGACAUCGUGACGCUAUCCAGAUACCGGACAACUCAGAGGUUACAAGAUUGUGUACCAAGAUCAAACGUCUUUCUUCGAUGGUUGUCUUGCAGCGCGGGGUCUCAGAAGACAACCCUGAAAGCAGAAUUAGCCAGGACAACCGCUGUCAACGACAAUCAAUCGUCGUCGGAAAACCCUUUGGGUUGGAGGAAGAGAAGGAGCAGAUUUUAAAAGCUUUGUUGGAUACAUCAAACAGCUUCCAAGCCAUUCUAAUAUGGGGUUUCAGAGGCACAGGAAAGAGAACUCUUGCUCGUGCAAUAUACGAUGACCCCCGCGUUGUUGAAGAGUUCGACAAGAUCAUCCAGAUCCCUGUAUCUGAAAACUUUGAUUUCAGAUCUGCUCUUUACCUCGUCCUCGCAUCUUUUGAGGAUCCUAAAAUGAAGUUUGACCAUUUGCAAACAGAAAAUUUGAUAGAACGUGUGCGCCAGCAUUUAGAAAAUUCUAGGAGCUUAGUUCUUCUGGAAGACGUCAGCUCAAUUGAGGAUUGGGAGAGACUGCGUAAGGCUAUGGGAGCUAAGCGCAGCAGCAUAGUGAUUACAACUCGAGCAAGAGAAGUGGUGGACCUGAUUCCGGCAGCUUACAUGUAUAAAAAGAGGCCUUUAACAGAAGAAAACAGCUGGAAGCUGCUUAAGGCAGAAUGGUCGAAGAUAUAUGCAGGUAUGUUAGGUUACAACCAAAAGAGAUUAAGCACGAUAAGUAUUACUACCAAGAAAAGGAACAAAUAAAAUAAAAGCACGAUA